UUAUCAGACAUAUCCCACGUCAAUCACUCCAUAAUGCUGUCGGCAUCGGCUCGAAUCUUGUCGAGUGAGCAAAACUAACCAGAAAGACGAGGACAAACAACUCUACAUAUACACGCAAGCACUUCAGCAACUAACUUGAUGAGUGAACUCCUAAAUUGCUAAUCCUCUGCUGUUUACUCCAACCUGGUUCUCCAACAAUUUCCCUAUGGCGUCCAUUUUAUCACGCCUCUUGUUGUCGCUGCUCGUUUUCUUCGUCACGGUCCAAUCUCAGUCGAUCAUCAAAAGUCUACCUGGGUUUCCCGGCGAUCUCCCCUUCAAGCUCGAAACCGGGUACAUUGGAGUCAGAGAAUUUGACGACGUGCAGCUAUUUUACUACUUCAUCGAGUCGGAAAGGAGUCCAAAGGACGAGCCUCUGAUGCUUUGGCUCACAGGAGGCCCCGGUUGUUCUAGCCUCUCCGGCCUCAUCUACGAAAUCGGUCCCUUAAAUUUCAACUACAAGAACUCGAGUGGGAACAGGCCAACCUUCCUGCUGAAUCCAUAUUCAUGGACCAAGGUCGCAAACAUAAUCUUUCUGGACCAACCUGUCGGCGCUGGAUUCUCGUACUCAACUACUCAAGAAGGUUAUUACUCUGGCGACUUGAGAUCAGCUGCCGAAACGUAUCAGUUCCUGCGUAAGUGCCUUGUGGGUCAUCCCCAGUUUAUGUCCAACCCGCUUUACAUAGGCGGCGACUCUUAUUCAGGCAUGACGCUCCCCAUCAUCGUCACGGAAAUCGUUAAUGGCAAUGAAGUUGGACAUCUUCCGCCACUAAACAUCAAGGGAUACCUGCUUGGCAAUCCCUUGACAGAUGUUCUUUACGACUUGAAUUCUAGGGUUGUAUUCACGCAUCGAAAAGCGCUCAUAUCAAACGAAAUCUAUGAGUCGGCCAAGAACAACUGUAAGGGCGAAUACAUGCAUGUCGAUCCGGAAAACGUGGACUGUGGAGUUGAUCUUCAAUCUGUUGUCAAGUGUAUUGAGAAGAUAUUCAAUGCCCAUAUAUUGGAACCAAAGUGCGGUACACUGAAUCCAACACCGAAUUUCCUGAAAUGGGAUCGACGAAUUCUCGGGGAUGGCGGCUCAGAGAUCAACCCCUUAGCAUUGCUCGAAUCUCCCGGACCGUGGUGCCGAAACUAUGACUACCUCUAUUGCUACGUAUGGGCUAACGACAAGACUGUUCAAAAGGCGCUCCACAUUCGAGAGGGGACUAAAACAGAGUGGAUAAGGUGCAACGAGAGCUCAUCUUACGCUCAUGAUGUCAUUAAAUCCACCGAUUAUCAUCAAAAUCUCACCGAGAAAAAACUCCGAGCCCUUAUCUACAGCGGAGAUCACGACAUGGUUGUUCCAUAUAUCGGCACAAUGGCAUGGAUCGAAACUUUAAAUCUCUCUCUCUCCACUGAUUGGGAGGCCUGGUUCGUGGAUGGUCAAGUCGCCGGGUACACCCAGCAAUACGAGCAUGACAACUAUGAGUUGACAUAUGCAACCGUCAAGGGCGCCGGUCAUACAGCUCCAGAAUACAAGCCCAAGGAGACUCUAGCCAUGAUAUACAGAUGGUUCGCUCAUUACCCUCUCUAGCUCUCAUCCACUCAUGCUGAAGCUCCCAAAAUGAGACUAGUAAGCUGCAAUAUAUGUAAGGAGGGUUCUGCUGGAUGUCACUCAAUCGCAUCAGUUCUUCAAAUGAACUGUGCGACCGUAACAUCGCGGGAGAAAUCAAAAAAACAUGUUCGAUUUCUCGUACCAUUUCAGGUUGAGAUAUUUCUAAGGCCAGUCGUGAAUAAGAAUGGAGCACGUUUAUGACAUGAA